AUGGCCCCUCCGACUCCCUCCUCCCAUCGCCCACGCAAGAAUAGAAAGACCCCGACGGCUCCUGGGUCAAAUAACAACCUCAUACUUGAUACAGGAAAUGGAAAACAGUCACCUGCAUUUCCAUUGGUGUCAUUCCUAUGGGCAGCACGUGCGGGUGUCUCCCAAUGGCUAAUUUUACCACUCACUCUCAUGGCCGUUGGUCUCUUCCGAUGGGCUGUUAGUCUAUGGGGGUACUCAGGCUUCCAAGUUCCCCCAAUGCACGGUGACUUCGAAGCGCAGCGCCAUUGGAUGGAGAUUACUAGCCAUCUUCCAAUCUCGAAGUGGUAUACUUACGAUCUACAAUACUGGGGCCUCGAUUACCCUCCAUUGACCGCAUAUCAUAGCUGGCUACUUGGUAAAAUUGGCACCGCUGUUGAUUCGGCAUGGUUCGCACUCGAUGAAUCGCGCGGCUUUGAGCACUCCGAUCUGAAGGUUUACAUGCGCGCAACUGUUGUGGCUUCUGAAUACCUGAUCUAUGUCCCAGCGGUGGUCAACUUUCUUCGCCGCUACACUCGCAUGCAUGGUGUCCAUGCGUGGUCUGCUUCCAUCGCCCUCGUCGCAAUUCUCCUUCAGCCUGCAACUAUAUUGGUCGACCAUGGCCACUUUCAAUACAAUACUGUGAUGCUGGGAUUAAUGGUUGCCAGUCUGGAUGCUAUAUUGGCUGGACGUAUGCUCUGGGCCUGUAUCUUCUUUGUUGGUGCCCUAGGCUUCAAGCAAAUGGCUCUUUACUAUGCACCUGUCAUAUUCGCCUAUUUGCUGGGUGUUUGCGUCUUCCCAAGAAUUCGUAUUUUCCGACUGAUCAACAUUUCACUUAUCACAGUUGCUUCGUUUGCUACUUUAUUCGCUCCACUAAUCUAUGGUGCGACAACUCCAGAAGCCCGCAAGGAGUUUGCAAGCGCAGCACCACCACCUCUACUGCAGUCUCUUCCAAUUAACCUGGACAAGAAUUCCCUGGCUUACGCAGUCCUCUUCCAGCUGACACAGACGGUCCACCGCAUCUUCCCAUUUGCUCGUGGUCUUUUUGAGGAUAAGGUUGCCAAUGCUUGGUGUGCAAUCCACACCUUCUACAAGCUCCAUCACUUCGAUACGUCGUUGCUGCAGCGGGCAUCUCUUGGUGCUACAUUGGCUUCCAUUAUUAUCCCUUGUGGCAUUAUCUUCCGCCACCCGCGGGCUUCACUUCUGCUCCCGGCUUUGUCGUGUGUCUCUUGGGGAUUCUUCCUCUUCUCUUUCCAAGUUCACGAAAAGAGUGUCCUUCUUCCUCUUCUCCCUAUGACACUUUCCCUUGCCGGAGAUGGUGGGUUGAACAAGGAGAACCGCGCUUGGGUGGGCUGGGCUAAUGUUCUUGGCUCGUGGACUAUGUAUCCCCUCCUGAAGCGCGAGGAGCUUGGUGUGCCCUACUUUGUCAUGACACUCCUCCGUUCAUCUGCGGAGGAUCCUAACUCGCAAUUUGAGCUUAACAUCUUUACGAAGCUUUUACACCUUCUCUUUUACGUUGUAAUGAUUGGCUGGCAUGUGGGUGAAGCAUUUGUGCUACCGCCCCCAGGCAAGCCAGAUCUGUGGGUGGUAUUGAAUGCCCUCAUCGGAGCCGCUGGAUUUGGCAUUGCUUACCUGUGGUGUAUGUGGAAAUUGGCUAUACAAUGCCGGCAGAUGAACAGCCGUGCGAACGAGGAAGAGAGCCGAAAGAAGCAGCAGUGA